AUGGAUAUCGUCCUCGAAAUCGCUGAUACCUUUCUCUUUGACCGUUUCUGGUCCACCGUCUACCCAGCAUCUACCUUGAAUUAUCCAAAAUAUGCCGUCCAAGAUGCUACUACAACCUUCUCCAGUAUGCGUGAGCUGCCCACCGCCAUACAUUCAUCCACCCAAUUCUUCCAGCUCGCCCCAUCUCAAUACGCAUAUAUGAGUGAGUGGCCGCGGGACAACAUAUGGAGACAAUUCUUUAGCCUCUACUUGAUCACAUGGCUUUUCGGUCUCGUACUCUACCUCGUCUUUGCCUCUCUCUCAUACCUCUUCAUCUUCGACCACGCCACCUUCACUCAUCCGAAGUACCUCAAGCAUCAAGUCAAGCUUGAGAUUCGCCAAACCAUGAUCUCAAUGCCGCUAAUGGCAAUUUUCACCGCGCCCUUCUUCCUGCUUGAAGUCCGUGGAUAUGGAAAACUCUACGAUGCUCCGUCAGAUGCUCCAUUUGCUCUCUACAACUUUCUUCAGUUCCCAUUGUUCAUCGCCUUCACAGAUCUAUGCAUCUACUGGAUCCACAGGGGUUUGCAUCAUCCCAAGAUCUACAAGACGUUGCAUAAACCGCAUCACAAAUGGAUUAUGCCUACACCUUACGCAAGCCACGCCUUCCACCCCAUGGAUGGCUUCGCGCAGAGUAUACCAUACCACGUCUUUCCGUUUAUCUUCCCGCUCCAGAAGUUCGCAUAUAUCGCCCUUUUCGCCUUUAUCAACUUCUGGACUAUCUUCAUUCAUGACGGCGAAUACGUAGCCAACUCCUACAUCCUUAAUGGCGCUGCAUGCCACACAAUGCACCACCUGUAUUUCAACUACAAUUAUGGGCAAUUCACCACGCUGUGGGACAGACUGGGUGGUAGCUAUCGACAACCGAACGAUGAAUUGUUCAGCCGAGAGUCGAAGAUGAGCAAGGCAGAAUGGGAGCGGCAAACGAAGGAGAUGGAAAAGCUUCAGAAAGAGGUCGAGGGAGACGAUGACAGGGAUUAUGGGCAAGAGUCUAGGAGACUGCAGAAAAAGGUUAUGUGA